UGUUUGUAAAUUGUAAUAUUUCCUUAAAUUUCUACAUGAUAAAGUGAAAGUGGUGUGGUGGUUUUAUUGAACAUUUACCAUGUUUGGUAUUAAGCUUGAAUAUGAGAAGGAAGAACUCAAUCCAACGAUUUGCCGAGGUUGUUUGUCUUCCGAUCGUAGGCUGUCCGUACUACAGGAUCAUGUUGAUCUGUUUUUUGGUCUUUUAGGCCCUCAAUAUCAAUUCAGCUCCAGUAUCACCUUAUGUUGGGAGUGCGAGGCUCAACUGAAAAAGAUACAGUUGUUCAGGAACAGAAUACAGAACGCUAAUUAUAUUCUGCAGCAGUCAGUUUAUAAGUUGGAAAACUUUCCCGUAACACCUCUAACUAAUUUGAACACUGUCAAAAAAGACAUCUACGAUGCAGAAUUUGACUAUGACAUCGAAUAUAUCUUGCCCCAAGCCAUCUCAGAAACGCCCCCUGAAAACUUCCUGGUGGACGUAAUAAAACAAGAGCCCAAUGACAUAGAGAUUACCGUUGAAGACCGAUUCAAUAAUGACAGUUACAUCAACGAUGACAGCUACAGUGAUAACGAAGUGCUGACAAUAGAUUUUGACAAGCUAAAAGAAUUGGAAAACGACCAGAUAAAUGUUAAGAAGAAAAAAUCUACAAUCAAAUCGGAGGAGGUCGGGAAUCAGAGUAUAUUGAAGUAUCAAAGCAAGGCUAUAAUAACAGAUUUAAAUGUAGAUCUGACAGAUAUGAAGAAACAUUGCAGUAAAGUUGUGUUAAGUGAGAAGGAAAUAGAAGAGUUGUUGGAAAGAGACAAAGCUCUACGUAAAGUGAUGCCGUUUAAGUGUAAAGUUUGCAAGAACGCUUACAGGCGGUCGAUCGAUCUACGAAGGCACAAGGUUUUCAACCAUAUGAAGUCUCCCCCAUCGAAAUGCACCGAAUGUGACGUCACGAUAUCCUCCUGGCAAGCCUUACGCAAGCAUUGGCGACGUCAUAACGCGUACUACGCAUGCGUGGCGUGCGGUUGGCUGUCUCACUCCCGCGCGGCGCUCACCAAGCAUCUGUCUCGCUCGCACGCACGCGCGUACGCAUGUCGCGACUGCGAUAUUACCUGCAGUACUCUAAGGGAAUUCAGCAACCACUACAAGGAAAGCCACGAGCGAAUCAUAUGCGACCACUGUAACAAGAGUUUUGUUAAAAAGAAAACACUGGAGAUACAUAUCAAGCGCCACCACACCCCAGCUACCUGCAUAGAAUGUAACCGGACCUACGCUCACUACCACGUGUUAGAGAACCACUAUCGCAUGCAGCACCCACACUUGACCAAAAGCAGUCACUUGAGCGUCGAACUGGCGUACUGCGUGGAGUGUGACAAGCAAUUCCCGACGGUGUACAAGUAUAAGCGACAUCUAGCGACGGCUGCUAAGCACACACCACCUAAGAGGGUCAGGGUCCCCUGCCCAGAAUGCGGCAAAGUCUUCGCUCGUAAGAUCCGGAUGACCAACCAUUACAAGUCUGUGCAUGUCAACACGACUAAACAUCGAUGUGACAUUUGCAACAAGACCUUCUGCUCGGCGUUCUCAGCGCGAACUCACAGACAACACGUGCACGAGAAGAUUCCGAUGCCGAAAAACAAAAUGUGUGACAUAUGCGGGCGAGGUUUCAGCACCAACCGCAUCCUAGCGAACCACCGACGCACGCACACAGGCGAGCGGCCGUACAAAUGCGCGCAUUGUCCAGCAACGUUCGCGCAACACACGGCUAUGAGCACACAUGCACGAACACAGCACUUGCGCCGACGCCCCGAAAACGAAAACAGCUGAAGACAGUCCGCGUAGUGUUGUGAGCAGGGAUGCUAUGGAUAUCCGUAACCAAUGGGUUAUAAGUUUAUCGGAUAUCCGAAAUAAAAAAUAUCCGAAACCGAUUCAAGUUUUGGAUAAUCGGAUCGUUUAGGCGCGAUUGAUCCAAUUCGCAAUUGGUCCAAUCAUGAAAAAUUUACAAAUUCGCGAUUAGUCCAAUUCGCGAUUGGUCCAAUUCGCGAUUGGUCCAAUUCGCUAUUGGUCCAAUUCUGACCAAUCGCGCCUAAACGAUUUCGGAUAAAGGCAACACUAAGUACGGAACUAUUCCCACCUCUCGUUCCCACCGCUGCAACUCCUGUGUAGCCAGGAUCUAUAGCUUGACCGCCUAUAACCCAACCAGUGAAGGUCAAGUUUGUCCCGGGGGAAAGUUGAACUGUCAUUGGACCCGCAUUGACAGAACAGUACGGCUCUAGCACGAAAAACUUUCGAGUUCGAAUCGUUUGCGUAUUUGAAUCGUCCUCAAAAGAUUUAGUACGAAAACUACAACAGCGCCCUUGUGAAUGGUCGUAAACUUACGCCCGUAUUCACAAACAUUACUAUGAGAUCUGACAGUGUGCGUGGACGCACAGGGUCACACACGAACCAAUCACAGAGCUCUAUUCAACGCUGUGCGUUCGAUUUGCUGCUUUACUUAUGAAAGCAUCGUUUGUGAAUACGGGCGUUAGUAUGAGAAAUGGUUGCACGAAACUUAUUUAGAGAAUCAAAAUUGUCGCGUUAUUGACAUCUGUCCAAUUACUUACCUCCUUACUAAUUAAAAGUUACACAGUUGUUGAACACUGUUUUAAAAUGACAUUUCCAUACUAAACGUCACUUUAAAACACUUCAACGAGCGUGUAAGUUUUAUUAGUAUGGGGGUUAGUCUUUAUAUUUAUUGAACCUACACCGUGUAAAAGCUGCGCACGUGAUAUUGGCGGAACAGUGUGCCCUGUGGCGAAAAACACAAGUUCAUCGCCAUUAAUAAAAGAAGAAGAAGAUUUAUUGAACUAUUUUAAGAAAAAUAUGUAUUGUUCAGUUGUUUGUUUUCCUAAAUUAAAAAAAAAAAGGAUUUUUUCGAAUGAAUACGCAAACGAUUCGAAGACGAAAGUUGUUCAUGCUAGAGGUACAGUAGUGAAAACAGUUGUCUAUACAAAUAUUUUAAGUUUGUUUGGUUGAACGCGCUAAUCUCAUGAACUACUGGUCCGAUUUGAAAAAAUAUUUUUGUGUUGGAUAGCCAAUUUAUAGAGGAAGGCUUUAGGCUAUAUAACAUCACCCUAGCCAAUAGGGGCGGAGCAGUAAAGACGGGAAAUUUAAAUAAAUAUGUAAUGAUGCUAUAGGCAUACCACAUAACUGAGUGGAUUCUUUUGGCAAUAAUUCGGUGCGGGAGGAAAUAUGGGGCAUAUGUUAUUAAAAUAGUACUAUCUGCAAAUAUAAUAAUUGUAUCUUGCAUCAUAAUGUUCAGUCAGCAUAAUAUUCUACAUAUUUAUCACAAAAUAGAUAAAUAAAAUCUACACUAAAGCCCGGUCCGUGAGCACGUAGAAUUUUGUCCAAUGACCCCAAGCUGCCCAUCCUUAUUGCUCGCGCGUAAUUAUAUUGCUGUCGCGACUGGCACCCGCAGUGAGGGUGCGAGCGCGAUAGCAACAUAAUUACGCGCGAGCAAUAAGGAUGGGUAGCUUGGGAUCAUUGGACAAAAUUCUACGUGCUCACGGACCAGACUAUAGUAUUAAAGGUAUUAAAGAGGAAAUAUUUGAUUGUUUGUUUGUAUUGAAUGGACUCCGAAACUGGACCGAUUUGAAAAAUUCUUCCAGUAUUAGAAUCCUACAUUAUUUGUGGUGAACAUAGGCGGUACGAAUUUCGCCGGGUCAGCUAGUGAAAAAUAAUAUUUUGAUCUCUGUAGUUUUAAGUAAUUUAUUUUUAUCUUAAGUAUUAUUACAUGAUUUUACCGUUUGUUCCCGUUGAGUCACACCAUUUUGUGUAACACUGUUACCCAUUGGUAAAAAAAUUACCGAUUAGUAACAGUGUUACUCAACAAAACAAUGUGUUCCCGUUAAGUAACACAUUCUUGUGUAAAAUCAUUGUUUAAACACGGUGUCAGGUAAAUGGGUUAAUAAGCGGACUCUAGCCCAUGUUAACAUUUUAUGCAUAUAAAUGGUAUGGUAAAGUCAGAAAAUUGAUAUCAUCAUUUUAAUUAUUUUAAUUGUCACAAAAAUCUGAUUUAUUAAAUUUUAUUUUGUUUAGGAGUAUCACGUAUUUUAGGUUUUUUCUAUUCGAGUAGAUACCUGAUUUCUAAAAUAAAGUCUAAUUUGUCCAACAUGUGUUUUUGAUGGUCACCAAUAGUUUUAUCAAUUAAACGAGUAGCCAAUUUGCCUUCGGCAUUUCAUGAAACAAACAUGUGGCAUUGAGUCACAGUGUUACUAAUCGGUAAUUUUUUUACCAAUGGGUAACAGUGUUACACAAAAUAGUGUGACUCAACGGGAACAAACGGAUUUUACCGGCUA